CAGCACCAGAACGUCCCCUGAGUGUGAAGAAGACAUGGGGUGUCUGCAGCUCUUGUGCUGGUGCUCCAGCAUCCUUACAGUGGGCAGCUGCUUUGGAGUUGAUGGAUAUUCAUGUGUGAGCGCCUACUGGAACACAGUUACUUGUGUCCUGAACAUCAGCGGUCACAGCGAACAGUCCACCUACAGCCUGAAGUUCACCGAAAAAGGGAGCGAGGUUUCCUGUCCAGUUGUGGUGACGAAUCACAGUUACAGCUGUGUCUGUAAAAUAAAGAACGGCUCAAGUAUUUUCAUGACUUUCGAUGAAUAUGGCAUAAACCUUUGUCGUGAAUCUGGCUGCCUUCCUCUUACAACCAAAUUCGAACCAUCACAGAGCAUUCAGCUGACACCCCCGCGUGAAGUUGAGUACCAGCAAACACCAGAGACUUUCAACAUCACCUGGAAAAGUGGAUAUGAAGACCAUCAGUACCUCUCCCGCGUCAUCGACUUCGAACUCUCACUUGAAACAUCUCAAAGCAAGGAGAGCAAACGUCUUCGACCUAAUUCACACGCAAAGUCUGUAACAGUUCAGAGAUCACAGCUUAAACCAGAUGCCACGUACUGUGUUAAAGUGAGAUCCAUACCUAAUGAACGUGAUUAUGAGGGAACGUGGAGUGAGUGGAGUCCAUCAACGUGCUGGAAAACUGAAGCAGGAGAGGAAAAAUACAAUAUAUUAGUCAUUUUGACUAAAUCUCUGGGCCCAGUGUGUGUGGCUGCUGCUGUUCUGCUGUUUGCAUUCUACAGUCCCGCUGCAAGAAUGAAGAUUAAGACUCUGUCUCACACACCAUCGCCUGCCCCGUUCUUCCAACAUCUUUUUCAACAGCAUGAUGGCAAUCUCCAGGAAUGGCUUUCACCUCACGGCAGAUUAGUGCUAACGCACAAAACUGAGAUCUUGACGACCGAUGCUGUGGUUGUCGUGCCGAAACCCACUACAAAGGACCCGGAGGAGAACCAGGACUUCCACAACCCUCCAGUGACACAGCUGGCAUUCACUCAGUGUCAAACCUCCUAUGUUGGUUUACCUGGGAUACACGAGGCCUCCCCACCUUUAACCGUGGUCUGUCCAGGGGACACGUCUUACACCCAGCUCCCUUGCUCCAUCUGGGGGGUUGGCUUUGGAGAAGUACAGGUUGUCUCCUCUACACCUAAAGACUUCUUCAACAUCAGCCAGGCAGACUCUGGCUGCAGCUUUGUGGACCUGACCCAGAGCCCAGAGAGCAGUUUCCCAGCCAGUCCUGUUGAUGAGAGUCCACCACCGUGUAGCUGUACUGAUUACUGCAUUCUCAACAAAACUGCAGAAGGUUUUGCUCCUGUUUUAGUGUCCAGAGGAAUCGGUGUAAAUGCUCCAUCUGAUUCCCUGCAAGAGGAUAAGAGCUGAAAAUAAGAAGUGAUCCUGUCAGUUGGUUUGGAGAAAGCAAAAUUCACAAGACUGGUGAUGCUGAUCACAGUGGCUGUAUAUUGCCUUGCAGGAGACAGUUAUAACCAGACUAGCAUGGUCUCCUACAUACUCUCUGCAUGUGUUCCAGACAGCACCUCUGGCUUAGCCAAAGCAGGUUUUGUGUGGGUUUCCUACAACAUCUAUAAACCAUGUGAAUGUACUUCAUCAGCUCUCUUUAAUGAGACAAACGUAACACAUGUGCUAUGGUAGCCUUUUGCCUUGGCUAACUUUCUCCGCUCAUGCUGACUUCAGGGUGUGACAUAGCGAGUGAAUGUGCUUGAUUUUGACUGUGCUUGAUUUUCACAUCAUCUGUCUAUGAAAUGUGUUUUUUAUGCAUAGUCUGACAUUUUUUAUUUGUUUGUGUUCGUACUUUACCUUCACCUUUUAAUGAAGAGUAAGUAAUUAAAGGGGCAUUAAGUAAUCUCUGAAUUCAAAAUUACAACAAAGUCAAAUGAGUCACUUUGCAAUUAAUUGCAUUUGAGAGAGGUGCUUGUAGAUAUUUGAUGUAGAUCUUUGAAUUGUUGAAUCACUGGUAUUGAUCAGUGCGGUGGAAACUACGGAAGCAUUGCCAGGCCAGCUGGCACUGUUCCUAAAAGAAAUUAGAAUGAGUGAAAUGAAUGAU